CGGCGGCCGCGGAGAGGUGCGGGCCGGACAGAGGACAGAGGAAAAGGAGGCGGGCAGGAGCCGCCGGCCGCGGGAGGAGGUGGAGAAGGGGUUGUGCUCCUGGCCAGCGGAGGACAGAGGGGCGGGGCCGGCGAGCGGCGCGUGCAGGUGCGAGCUCCCGGGCUCCGCGGGCGCGCGAGCGGCUCCGUGGCCCCCGGCGCCGCAGUGGCCGCCGCCGCCGCUUGGUCGCCGUCGGUCUGGGGGAGGCGGGUUAUGGCGGCGGCGGCAGUGGGAGCUGUGAAUGAGUUCUCCGGCCGGACGACGGAAGAAGAAAGGCUCCGGCGGCGCGAGCCCGGCGCCCGCCAGGCCUCCGCCCCCCGCCGCGGUCCCCGCCCCUGUCUCCGGCCCGGCCCCUGCGCCCGGCUCGCCGCCUAAGCGGAACCUGUCUCACUUCUCGUACCCGCUGGUCGUCGGCUUCGCCCUGCUGCGCCUGCUCGCCUGCCACCUGGGGCUCCUCUUCGUGUGGCUCUGCCAGCGCUUCUCCCGCGCCCUCAUGGCCGCCAAGAGGAGCUCCGGGACCGCGCCGGCGCCUGCCUCGCCCUCACCCCCAGCUCCCGGGCCGGGUGGCGAGGCCGAGAGCGUCCGCGUCUUCCACAAACAGGCCUUCGAGUACAUCUCUAUUGCCCUGCGCAUUGACGAGGAAGAGAAAGCAGGACAGAAGGACCAAGCUGUUGAAUGGUACAAGAAAGGUAUCGAAGAACUAGAAAAAGGAAUCGCUGUUAUAGUAACAGGCCAAGGUGAACAGUAUGAAAGAACUAGACGCCUUCAAGCCAAAAUGAUGACUAAUUUGGUUAUGGCCAAGGAUCGUUUGCAACUUCUAGAGAAGCUGCAACCUGUUUUGCAGUUUUCCAAGUCACAAACGGACGUCUAUAAUGACAGUACUAACCUGACUUGUCGAAAUGGACAUCUCCAGUCAGAAAGUGGAGCAGUUCCGAAGAGGAAAGAUCCCCUAACACAUGCUAGUAAUUCAUUGCCUCGAUCAAAAACAGUCAUGAAAAGUGGAUCCUCGGGCCUUUCGGGUCACCACAGGGCACCUAGUUGCAGUGGUUUAUCCAUGGUUUCUGGAGGAAGGCAGGGAACUGGUCCUGCAGCUGCCACACAUAAGGGUAUUCCAAAACCGAACAGAACCAACAAACCUUCUACACCCACAACAGCUGUACAGAAAAAGAAAGACUUGAAAAAUUUUAGGAAUGUGGACAGCAACUUGGCAAACCUCAUAAUGAAUGAAAUUGUUGAUAAUGGGACAGCUGUUAAAUUUGAUGAUAUAGCUGGUCAGGAAUUGGCAAAACAAGCACUACAAGAAAUUGUUAUUCUUCCUUCUCUACGGCCCGAGUUGUUCACAGGGCUCAGAGCUCCUGCCAGAGGGUUGUUACUCUUCGGUCCACCUGGAAAUGGAAAAACAAUGCUGGCUAAAGCAGUAGCUGCAGAAUCUAAUGCCACCUUUUUCAAUAUAAGUGCUGCAAGUUUAACUUCAAAAUAUGUGGGAGAAGGAGAGAAAUUGGUGAGAGCUCUCUUUGCUGUGGCUCGAGAACUUCAACCGUCUAUAAUUUUUAUAGAUGAAGUUGAUAGUCUUUUAUGUGAAAGAAGAGAAGGGGAGCACGAUGCUAGUAGACGACUAAAAACUGAAUUUUUAAUAGAAUUUGAUGGUGUGCAAUCUGCUGGAGAUGACAGAGUACUUGUAAUGGGUGCAACUAAUAGGCCCCAAGAGCUUGAUGAAGCCGUUCUCAGGCGUUUCAUUAAACGGGUAUAUGUGUCUUUACCAAAUGAGGAGACAAGACUGCUUCUACUUAAAAACCUGUUAUGUAAACAAGGAAGUCCACUGACCCAAAAAGAACUUGCACAACUUGCUAGAAUGACUGAUGGAUACUCUGGAAGUGAUCUAACAGCUUUGGCAAAAGAUGCAGCACUGGGCCCUAUCCGAGAACUGAAACCAGAGCAGGUGAAGAAUAUGUCUGCCAGUGAGAUGAGAAAUAUUCGAUUAUCUGACUUCACAGAAUCCUUAAAAAAGAUAAAACGAAGUGUGAGUCCUCAAACCCUAGAAGCAUACAUACGCUGGAACAAGGACUUUGGAGACACCACUGUUUAAAGGAAUGCCUUUGUAAGCCCGCAGAACAUUCUACUUCACAAGAAACACGAGCUUCAGAGAAGUUACCAACUGCAGGAACUCAGACUUCGUUAAUAGGACUUUUUAGAGUUCCUUUUUGUGUACCAAACUUGAAGAGGAACAAGAAGACAGACCUAAAUAAAAUAUGCAGUGUGAAUGGAGUUUUUGUUUAAGGCCUUCUUGCCUGGCAGUCAUGGUUUUCUCAGUGGGCACUGUUAGUUAGAGCACAGCAAAAAUAGAUUCUGGUUCUUUAUUGAUAGUAAUCAUUAUGUAAAUAAUAAUUUGUACAUUGUGUUCAGGUGAAAGUAUUCCAGAGACAGUGACUGGAAGACACAGAGCUGGCUGUUGUCUGUCUCCUGAUGUUUUUCUUAUAACACUCUAUUUUCUGGUUUCCUUUCUGCUGUUACCUUAGCUCCCUGUGAUUAGAAUACCAAGUACUCAGAGUUCUUUCUGCUUUUCUUACCAACUCUAGUGUGCCAAAUGGAACCAUUUUCCCAUCUGCAGUAAGGAAGAACUACACUAAGGCUUUUUUUUUUUAACCGAGAUAACAAACAGUAAACCACUAAUACCUUCUUUUCAUGUUUUGUUUUUCUAUCUUAUUGCCUUGCCACCAAACAGCUUAGAAAGCAAUUUAAUAGCCACAGAGAAAAGCUGGCAUGACAAAGGUUUGAAGUUUUGAGUCAAUGUCAUGUAACAUGUAGUCUGCCCUUGUGUGCCCUGCAGUAUUUUUUUUUUUCUAAUAUGUCAGAAAUCCAUUGUAGAUUUAACUUAUUCCAGCUGAAAUUCAUUUUUUGUGUUGGAGUUAUUCUGGUAUUUUAGAGAGCCACUUUUAAUUGCUAUAAAUUGCACCAGUGUGAGAGAAGGAGGAAAGACAUGUCUAGUUUAUUGCUUACUACUUUCUUAACAAGGUAAUUAAAUGCCAGUGGCACCACCAUCUUUUUACUAAUUACUAUCCCUUCCACGAAACUGAAAAUGCCCAAUUUUUCUACAUGACAUAUAUUUUAUAGGCUUCCUGUGCGUACUUAUUAACUAAAAAGCUCUAGUCUAUUGAUCUACCUUCUGUUUCCAUAAAUGUAUAGUAAUUCUUUGUUGUUUGCAUAAAUAUGGCUGGACUUUUAUUAUAAAAAUGCAUUACAGGAAGUGGAGGCUCAUGUGUGGCCUUUUAAGAAUUGUAUCAAGGCAAAUGGACAUUUGCCAUUAGUUUACUGUUUAAAAGUUUGUUUACAGAAUUUUUCUUUGGUGCUUAAAUGAUGCUGUGUAAAAUAUCAUGAAUAGAAAGAAUAGUGUUGUGGUAGUAAUACCAACUCUUCGUGUAAGAAAAAUGUUUGAGAAAACACAUUAAAACACUUGCCCUCUCCCCAGAUGAAAAUUUUAUGAUAAAGACUUACAUCCUCAAUUUUACUCUUGGUCUUGUUAAAGAUUUAUCUAAGCAUAGAAGAUGGGUUAUUUCUUAGAAGCAUAUACCAUUUAUAGCUGUAAUUUAAGUCAUGUCUCUUUUAAUCAUGAUUUUAGACAUCCCUGAAUGAUAAAAAUGAAAAGCUUAGAAGAAUAGGAAAACAAAUUUAAACCAAAGCUGUGCAUAUUUUUGGUUCUGGCUAAGUGUCAGUUUAAGGUGUCAUAUGUUCGAGCAUUAGUUAUAAACACUGAUGAUGCAAGCCUGUGAUGAGUCGUGCAGCCGUCCUAACCCAAAACAUCUACAAUAAAGCUCUUGAACUUCAGUUUGUUUUCAUUUAGGAAGGGAUUAAUAACAUCGCCGCUAUUUAUGUAUUGAGACAGGCUUCAGCUCCUUUUAAAAAUAGAAGGAUCUUUAAAGUUAUGUUUAGUAUGUGAAAGGGUUUUAAGAGAUAAAAUUUUCAUGUGUCUAAAAGAUACAAAAGUUGUUAACCUAAACUGCUAAGUCAAAGGUAUUAUACUGUGUGACUGUCCAUGUGUAUUAGCUCCUUUGUUCAUCAGAGAACACUUUCUGUAAUGUCUUAGGAUCCAGGUUUAUGUUAGCCUUUCUGUUGUUGUUUUUAAAACAGGAUCACAUGGAGCCUAAGCUGGCCUAAAACUAAAUGAGUAGCCUAGGAAUACCUUCAACUGAUUUUCUUCUCCACCUCCCAAGUGCUGGGGUGCCCAUGUGCACCCCACACUGGGAAGGCUUGUUCUUUUACAGUAAGGAUAGAUGGUUUCCAAAUUAAUAUUAGAUUUUAUUCAAUAUUAAUUUUAGAUUUUUGCAUUGAAUUCUAUUUAUUGUUCAAGAUGGAUUGGAGGCUGGAGGUGGUGGCACACGCAGAGGCAGGCAGAUUUCUGAGUUCAAGACCAGCCUGGUCUACAGAGAAAUUGCCAGGACAGGCUCCAAAACUACACAGAGAAACCCUGUCUCAAACCCACCCACUACAGUCCUUGUACGCCUGGUGAACUUACUGAUCACCUAACUGAGCCAAAAGAAAGCUUCAUACCAUCUUUCCAGAUCUGCUAGGGCUACACAGCUUUUCUGAGACUAGAAGCCAGUUGAUUUUUGUCCUUUUGUGCUUAAGGUGUAAAAGGACAAACAGAACUUUGAGUUAAAUAUGUGUGGCAUUCUCUGUUUAUAAUGUAAAACCUGUAUUGUACAAAAUUAGCUUUUUUUGUAGAAUGAACUACUUACAUUUUGCUUUUUGGAUUCUUAAGGAAGAAGAUUUUCUUUUAAAUGUCUGUCUUGAUUUUAGUCUUAACUUUUUACUUCUAUAAAAAAAUGACUUUAAGGGGACACACAGCUGCAUAAAGUUGGUUUUUAUCCUAAUUAAUUUGAUUGUAAAUAAAUGACAAACCUUGUUUUGCCUUAA